CUCUGUCCAGAUUUUGCCACACUGCCUUAGUGCUGAUCCCAACUCUGCAAUACACAGCUCUCACACGGAGCACAGAGGAAAUCCAGAGGUUCACCAUACCCGGUGUACAGGUGCUCCCUGCAAGGACAGCCUGAUGGCUUGUGUUGUGUCCCUGUAUCGGCCUUUAUCUUUACUGGCCCCUGUGGGGGUGAGGCGAGCCAUAGUUUGCAGAAUGUCACUGGACAUGCGAGCACGGGAGGUGUUUGCUACGGCUAUCGAAGCUGUGCAACCAGACAUUGUGGUGCGGCGGAGUCUGGAGCGUACAGGAGACACCCUCCUAGUGAAUGGACGCAGCUUCACGCUAAAAAACAACCUUCACCUGGUAGGCUUUGGCAAAGCUGUGCUGGGCAUGGCUGCCGAGGCAGAGAGGAUUGUGGGGGACCACUUGGUGAGAGGAGUGAUCAGUGUGCCACACGGCAUUCAGGAGACAAUACGGCAGCAUGGGAAAGACCAGAUGUUGUUGAAGGAUGGAAGUCACAUCACAGUGAUGGAGGGAGCUAAACACAACCUGCCAGAUGCUGAUGCCCAGAGGGCAGCCAAAUGUAUCAAGGAGCUGGUCAGCACAUUAACAGAGAAUGACAUGUUGCUUGUACUCAUCUCAGGAGGAGGGUCUGCACUCUUGCCUGCACCAGUCCCACCAAUCUCUCUUCAAGAGAAACAGGAUGUUACACGCAGACUGGCUGGUGCUGGUGCCACCAUUCAGGAGCUUAACUCUGUACGCCGUGCCCUGUCGAUUUUGAAAGGAGGAGGACUUGCACACUGCGCUCACCCUGCUCAGGUGGUGGCCCUGGUUCUGUCUGAUGUAAUUGGAGAUCCCCUGGACUUGAUAGCCAGUGGCCCCACAGUGUGGACUGAGGUGUGGCCUGAGGAGAUUUGGUCGGUCCUUGAACGUUACGGGCUGUCCUCCUCUCUCCCUGUCUCAGUGAAAGAGGUGCUUGGACGCUCAGCUCCCCGAUGGGAGGAGUCUGGAGAGCAGUCAGACAGGGCGGCACAUGUUCUCAAUGCUGUGAUUGGCUCCAAUAGCAUUGCUCUGGAAUGCGCAGGGAGACGUGCGCGGGAGCUCGGAUUCCGUCCAGUUGUGCUGUCGCCAGGGGUGUGCGGGGACGUACAGUCUGUCUCCCGUCUUUAUGGUCUACUGGCUCGCUUUGCCUGCUCCCGUGACGAGCCCCCUCCUGAGUUGCCUGCUGAGAUUCUGAAGCUGGGGCCCGAGACAGGCGUGGAAAGCUGGGACUUGUGCCGUGCCAUGCAGGUGCUUGGUGAGGGGCGUGGGGAGGGCUGGGGAGCCACCUGUCUGCUGGCUGGGGGAGAGCCCACUGUGCAGUUGACAGGCAAGGGGCGUGGUGGGCGGAACCAGGAGCUGGCCCUGAGAGUAGGGCUUGAGCUGGGAGGCAUGGAGCUCCCUCCGAAGGGUCCCCUGUUCCUGAGUGGUGGAACCGAUGGUCAGGACGGGCCAACUGAGGCAGCAGGGGCAGUCACAGACGCGGGGCUUGGCAAAGAAGCACGAGCACAGGGGCUCGACCCUGAAGGCUUCCUCGUCAACAAUGAUUCCUUCACCUUCUUUUCACGCCUGUCUGGUGGGCAGCGGCUGCUCCUACCAGGGUUAACGGGUACCAAUGUGAUGGAUGUGCACAUGCUGCUCAUCCCACCAAUCCCCAUAGUCGUGUCUGGUCGUUGAUGAAGACAAGGGCAUGAAAGCUGUCAAUUACACAUUUCAGUAUGAAUCUACACAGAGCAGACUGAGUAUAUUCAGAGAGCAGCUUUUCAAAGCUGACCAUGCCCAUGAUAUUCUUUCCAGCAAGCACUUUUGGAGAUCCAUGUUUAAUUUAAAAAGCAGCAGUCAGUUAUGUCUAUGAUAAGAAUAAAUACAGUAAAUAGUUUA